AUGAUUCUUAGUAAGAAUGGGAUUAGACCUGACCAAGAGAAAGUUGUUGCAAUAAAAAAUACCCCUGCGCCAAACAAUGUAAAAGAACUUCGUAGCUUUCUAGGACUCGUGAAUUACUGUUCGAAGUUUAUUCCUAAUUUCUCUACCGUUACGGCGCCGCUACGGAAAUUGGAUCGCAAAAAGGUUCCAUGGAAAUGGGACGCUAGUCAUCAAGAGGUCUUUGAUUAGGUUAAAUCUUCGCUAUCUGAACAGUGUACGUUGGCCUAUUAUGACCCUAACAGAUCAAGAGUGUUGCUGUGGAUGCUAGUCCUGUAGACCUAGGGGCUAUUUUGGUUCAACAUGACGAACAGGGCAUUUUGAAAGUGAUUGCUUUUGCUAGUAGAGCACUAACAGUAGUUGAAAACCGUACUGUCAGACAGAACGAGAAGCGUUGGCAUGUGUGUGGGCAUGCGAGAAAUUUCAUUUAUAUUUAGUUGGUUGUCAGUUUACCCUGUAUACAGAUUAGAUCAUCAAGCGUUAGAAAUCCUUUACUCAGCAAAGGCCAAACAAUCUGCUCGAAUACAGAGAUGGGCAUUGCGCCUCCAGCAGUUAACUACACGGUCAAGUAUCGUCCAGGCACAGGGAAUCUGGCAGACUUCCGAGCCCUCGGGACAGUCUAUUGCCGAAGAAUAUAUUAACUUUAUAACAGAGCAAGCCAUUCCCAGAACAAUUACCUUGUCAGAGGUGCAAGAAGCGACAAAGAACGAUAAAGAACUGCAGUCAGUUGGACGAGCACUUCAGUUUGGCAACUGGAAAGACAAAUCCAUAUCAGCUUAUUUUGCAGCACGGCAUGAAAUAACAUCAGUAAGGGAUGUACUGUUGAGAGGACACCGACUGAUUACAUGGGCGUACCGGAAGGAAAAAAUUAGGGGGCGGAAAGAAAAUUGCCCGACUUUUCGGGAUUUUGCCCGACUAGUACCAAAAAAUUUUUUCCGGAAAAUUUUUUUUGGUGUGUACCAUUUUAGGGGUCAAAAAAAUUUUCCGGACAACCAAUAUUUUUGGGAACAUACAGAAAAUUUUCGAAAAAUCACAAAAUUUGCCAAGAAAUUGACUUAAUUUUAGACAAAAUUUACAGAAUUUGUCACAUUUUUUUUUUGAUCGAAUAUUGCCCGACUGCCCAAAAAACUGGGGGGGCUGCCGCCCCCCCCGCCCGGUACGCCUAUGACUGAUUAUACCAAUAUCAAUUCGAAAUAGAACUCUAGCCCUGGCACACAGCGGACAUUUGGGAAUUGUCAAGACCAAACAAAAUUUGAGAACCAAGGUAUGGUGGCCUAGAUUAGAUAAAGAAGCAGAGCAACAUGUAAAGGAGUGUUUGACGUGCCAAAUAUCUGGUAAUCCUGAACCCCCUCCAUCUCUAGCAGUUGUCCCACCUCCAAUGGCACCAUGGUCAUGUAUUCAUGUUGAUUUCUAUGGACCAGCACCUACCGGAGAGCAUCUAUUGGUGCUGUUAGAUGAAACAACCGGAUUCCCAGAAGUUGAGAUUAUGAAUAAAACCACAGCUUUUCAUACAAUACAAGCGUUUGAAAAAGUUUUUGCCCAACACGGACUGCCAGACACAAUUAAUUAAGAGCGAUAAUGGGUCGCCGUUCCAGUCCAAGGAAGUUAAGGACUAUCUGACAACACAAGGCAUUCACCAUCACCGUGUAGCACCUUUAUGGUCCCAGGCCAAUGAGAAAGUGGAAGGCUUCAUGAAACCUAUGGGUAAAGCUAUUCGAGCGGCUUGGGCAGAGGGUCGAGUUUGGCAUAGAGAACUAUUCGCAUUUUUGAUGAAUUAUCGUACUACGUCUCACCUGUCUACAGGUGUGGCGCCAGCCGAGAUGCUUUACAAACGAGUAAUUCGAUCUACCGUUACGUCUUUCUCUCAGGUACCUGCCAAUACAGCUGCAGAAAGGGUUUUGAAAGGAAAGGCUAAGUCAAAACAAUAUGUAGAUGCCAGAAGACGUACACGAAAGUCAACGAUAAAGGAAGGAGAUACAGUGUUGGUGAAAGAACAAGUAUACAACCAUGUUUCGUCGUCAACCAUACAAAGUUAUCAAUGUGCGAUAUUCCAGAGUAACAGCGCAAAUGGGUGAUCAUGUGAUUACAAGAAACGUUUCGCAUUUUAAGAAAUUUAGUGGGGCGUAUGGAGAAACUGUUCCAAAUCCUGAGUCAGAAGAUGAUAUUACCAUUGCGGCCCCACAAGCAGGACAGGACAAUGAUCAAGACAUAAUUGAAGAUAGGUAUCCUUUAAGAGCAAACAGAGGCGUACCGCCAGAUUUUUAUGGACGGUAAAUAACUCUGAUAGUUGUUUGUAUACUUAGUUGUGUUAUCAAUCGUAGCAUGGACUACAGGUUUUAGUUCACAUUACCAGAUUCACUUAGAACUAUUUGUUGUGAGAGAAAGAGGAAGAUGUUAUGUUGGUGUUACAUGAAGUAUAGAACGUUGCAUCAGGGGGCCGGGGUUUUUUGGAAGUGAGCACAUGUGUGUAGGUUUUAUGUUUUAGGACGUUGAAAUAAAUAACGAUUUUGAAGAUAUAACAUCACGGGCACCACUUCCCACUACAGAUUCAGAGUUAGAGAAAGAAAUAUCUUCCUAUAUUCACAUGGUGAUGUCCAAUCUUCCUGCGACAGAUGACAUGAUGGCGAGACUCAGGAUGGCCACAGAAGAAGAGGAAACACUACGGCAGCUGAAGAAGACCGUUUUGAGCGGGUGGCCAGAUACGAAACGAGAAACACCAGUCAAAAUUAGGGAGUAUUGCCAUUGUAGAGAGGAAAUCUCAGAGAUUGAUGGAAUUCUUUUGAAGAAUGAAAAGAUCAUCAUCCCAAGUUUCUUUCGACCAUAA